CUGCUCAGAGAAGACCGAGAGAGGGGGGAGAAGCUGACUGCAGUGAGUUUUCCCUGGCAGGAUCUUGCUGGAAUCUUCAUGGAUUCGCCUGGUGCAGCAUACACUCAGUUUGGGUUUAGUCUCUUCCAAAAGCUGAAUAAAAUACAAGAUGGCAACAUUUUCUUUUCCCCUGUGGGCAUUUCAGCUGCCAUUGGCAUGCUCGUCCUGGAGGCCCAAGAAGCUGCCUUGGUCCAGUUACAGAAGAUGCUUUUCUUUGAAAAAGACGCAGAGGGCUCAAAAGUCAAAACUGAAGAACAAAUGAUUGACAAGACAGAAGAAAUACAUCACCAAUUCCAAGAGUUUCUGGAUGAGAUAGGCAAACCCACUAGUGAUUUUGAACUAAAAAUAACCAACAAGCUAUUUGGAGAAAAGACAUACCUCUUCCUUCAAAAAUACUUAGAUUACGUGGAAAAAUAUUACCAUGCCUCUCUGGAACCUGUUGAUUUUGUAAAUGCAGCGGAUGAAACUCGAAAGAAGAUUAACUCCUGGGUUGAAAGCCAAACAAAUGAAAAAAUCAAGGACCUGUUUCCAGAUGGUUCUCUAAACAGCUUCACCAAGCUGGUGCUGGUGAACAUAGUUUAUUUUAAAGGGCAAUGGGACAGGGAGUUUAAGAAAGAAAAUACCAAGGAGGAGGAAUUUUGGCUGAAUAAGAGUACAAGCAAAUCUGUGCCAAUGAUGACACAGUGCCAUUCUUUUAGCUUCAAUUUCCUGGAAGACUUACAAGCCCAAAUUCUGGGGAUUCCAUAUAAAAACAACGACUUAAGCAUGUUUGUGUUGCUGCCCAAUGACAUCGAUGGUCUGGAUAAGAUUAUAGAUCAAAUAACUCCAGAAAAAUUAAUAGAGUGGACAAGCCCUGGGCAUAUGAAAGAAAGGAAUGUGAUAUUGCACUUGCCCCGGUUUGAAGUGGAGGAUGGUUAUGAUCUGGAGGCCGUCUUGUCAGCCAUGGGAAUGGGGGAAGCCUUCAGCGUGUGCAGAGCUGACUAUCCUGGGAUGUCCUCGCACUCCAGGCUGCACGCACAGAAGUUCCUGCACAGGUCCUUCGUGGUGGUAACCGAGGAAGGCACGGAGUCUUCGGCAGCCACCAGUGUGGGCUUUGCUCUCACCUCAGCGCCAGGUUGUGAACAUUUUCAUUGCAAUCACCCUUUCCUGUUCUUCAUCAAGCACCAGGAAUCCAACAGCAUCCUCUUCUUUGGUAGAUUUUCUUCUCCUUAGGAUAGUCAUUGCUUUGGCAGAAAACGAGUGGUGGGGUAUAAUUGAGACUAUGGAAAUAGCCCAGCCUUCAAAAAUAAAUUGUUUUACUUGCUUGCAUUCCAAUCUUACCAUCAAAAUCAGUGAUUUAAUGACUGUAAUAGGGUGCGUUGUGUUUAUAAUUGUCCUUAAAAGUAAAAUGUCUUUCUGUUUGUGCUGUGUAUCAAGUGAGUUAAAUCAAGGCUCAUUAGUAAUUUCCGGUUGAUUUCUUCUGAAAGUAAAUCAACCUCUUGUAGUUUCGUGCACGGAUGGUGAGACACAGACUCUUCAGUAAAGACUAUGGACUAAUGUUUCUGGGAGUCGCUCUGGUUCUAAUUGUGUGACAUAAUAUACAAAUAAAACAAUAAUUUACUCAAUUCAUGUGUUACUCUCUUCUUUCUCAGCAAAUAAUGUGGCCAACUGCACAGAAUUUAGAAGCACAUUAGCAAAACAUAAAGCUUAAAGCCAGAACAAAAUAAAACAGUGUAUCAGACAAAGAGGAUUCCCAUAUUUUUACCCUCUCUUCUAUGGAGAGUAACUUAUCUGUUGUCAGUUGUGGAAGCAUUUUGAUAUUGUGAAACAAAUGUGAUUUUGAGAAGAUAAAUAUUAUAGGUGAUCACUAUUUGUACCUGUCACUUUUUUUAAAAAAUAUUUCUUUUCAGCAUAACAGUAUUCAUUGUUUUUGCACCACACCCAGUGCACCACGUAAUCCGUGCCUUUCUAGAGUUUCAUUCAAAUGGACUCAUAUAGUAUGUCCUCUUUCGUGCCUGGCUUCUUUGGUUCAGCACUGUGUUUUUGAGAUUCAUCAAUGUUGCUGAGAUACUGGUAGUUUGUUGCCUUUUAUGGACAGAGAGUAUUCCAUUUUAUGGAUAAACCACAUUUUGUUUAUCCAUUUACCCAAUGAUGAGCUUUUGUGUUGCUUCCAGUGUUCGGCCAUAUGCAUAAUGCUACUAAGCAAAUGUGUGUGUGUAAAUCUUUAUACAGACAUAUGUUUUCAGUUCUUUUCAUUUAGACAUGUAGGAGUGAAAUUGCUGGGCCAUAUGAGAAGUGUAUAUUUAAGUUCCUAAGAAACUGCCAAAAUGUCCUUCAUGUUUCACUCCCACCAGCAACAUAUGAGCAUUUCGGUUGUUCUGCAUCCUCACCAAGGGUCGGUGUGGUCAGUCUUCAUUACAGACGUUCUAGAGGUGUGUUGGUAUUAUCUCAUUGUGGUUUUAAUUUAUGCAUUUCCCUUAUGACUAAUGAUGACAGGCAUGUUUUCAUGUGCAUAUUGGCCAUGGGGAUAUCUUCUUUUGCAGUGUCUGUCCAAACUUUUGCUCAUUUUUAUUAUUUUACAGUUAUGGAUUUCUAAUUGCU